AUGCGGCAUGCGUGGCGGAGGGCGCUGCGACUUGCGGCUGGGACCCCUUUCCUUUUUGCUGCCGUGUGCGUCGCCUACGCUCGCUGCGGCACCGACAGCUUCUUCGUCCAGCACUGGUCGUACGCGGAGCCUGUCAUGACAACAAGGACGCAUAGAUGGGCGCUUUGGCAGCGCAGCCUCACCGCCGAUGAGCGCGCCUGUCUGCAGGUGUGGCUUGACGCGAUGAGCCUCACGUCCCCAUCCGCCGCGCUGUUCUCCCCGCAGUUCGUGCUGCAGGACACGCUGUAUUUCUUGUGCGGCCUCGGUGAGUGGUGCGACGCCGUGCGGAUGCUGGCGAAGCUCGCCGUUGUGCACACAACGCCGUACUGCAUCGAGAUACGCCGUGAGCAGCAGGACGGCGUGGUGUUCCUCCACGGGCGACUGGAGACGGAAGUGACGCUGCGUCUCCCUUUUACCAACGCGGCGUGUCACCUGCUGUUCCCAUCCGUCGUGAGUCUGCAGCUGGAGCGAGCACACCGCAGCACACGCAUCGCGGCGGCGGAGCACCGGUGGUUUGGCGGGCCGCUCGUCUCACAGCAGAGCGCGUCGCUGCGCUCACCCUGGGGCGACGUCGGGGACCUGGGGCGCCGCCUCAACAGCUUUGUCCUCUCGUGCGUGGUGAGGGCAGGGGAUCGAGUGAGUGCACGGCUCCACGCAAGCGGAUGA